GUUUAUUUGCACAAAAAAUAUAAAACAGAAAUUGGUAUGAAAUAUUCCUGACACAGUAUACCAAAGUUUAAGAAAGUUUCCAUGACUCAUGCGCGUGCUUGGCUAUUUAUCUCUGUAUAUAUAUACACGUACAUUGGUCACUUUGAAUAAACUCUUACGCAUUGGAACGAUAGUCUACUAGUUCACGAUCAUCCUUUAAGCUAUAAUCGAAUAUAAAUCGAAAGGGGUUAUUUACAUAUGUAGAAAAUAGUAUUACUCUUCACCCCUUCAAAUAAACUCAUCAUAAUAUCAGUAUCUUAUUUGAAGACCAAGUUCACCAUUAUGAAUUUACAUCAUAUGGACAGCGUAUCUCCUCCCUUUGUGGUGGAUCAAGAGCCUAUUGCGUGGAAUAACGGGAAUAAUCAGGCCCCGUCUGGAUUAGAACUCCUAACAAAUGCUAAAAAAGUGUUGAUUAGCCAACAAGUUCGCUGGAAGGACAUUUGUUCAGCAUGCACUGGUUGUGAGGUAGAAAAGAAAUACACCAUUCACGGAGAAAAUGGCGACGCUAUUCUUUGGGCUAGUGAGACAUCCGGUUGUGGGAUGAGGAUGUGUUGUGGGAAUGAUCGUAGCCUUCAAAUUGGACUCACAGACUUCAAGUCUCAAGAGGUCUUCAACCUUGAUCGUCCUUUGAAUUGCUCUGGUUGUUGUUGCUCGUGUUGUUAUCCAAGUUGCACUCAAGCGAUGACCGUGUCCAUGAAUGGCUUGCCAAUAGGGACAAUCCGGGAACGGGCCACUUGGGUUUACCCCGUUCUACAUAUCUUUGAUCCAGUGGACCAACAGAUCAUGAAAGUUCGUGGUCCCUGUUGUCCCAUCAGUUGCGGAGGAGACGUUGAGUUUUUUGUGACUGACACGGAGGGCAGAGAAAUCGCUUCCAUCGUUAAAAAAUGGACGGGCUGUGCCAAGGAGAUGAUAGAAGCUGACAAUUUUUCCGUCGAAUUUAAAGUCGAUCUUGGCGUAAAAGAAAAGGCGGUUAUAGUCGGUGCCGCCUUUCUGAUCGAUUUCUUGCACUAUGAAGAAAAUAAUCAGAACCAUUAGUUCAGUGUGCUGUUCA